CAGCGGCACAGCUUUCCGUCCCAACUGCCUGGCUGGCUGGCUGUGUUUGUACCUAUAGCCCCCUCUCCCUGGCUCUCACACACACACACACCACGCACACACACUCCCUCCCAGCAAUACACACGCAGAGCCGAUCAGUGCAGGCAGCGCAGAGCCUGGUAAUUGUAGUGCUCCCUUCAAGCGGAAGGAAGGACCAAGAGAGAGGAAGACCGGAAAAAGAAGAGGAGGAGAGAAAGGAGAGAUAUAAAAACUUUGAUUUUUUUUUUAAAUUUCCGUGUUUUUUUCCUGGAGGAGGUUGACAUGACUAUGACCCGGUAUCGCCGAUGGAUUCGGUAGGACACCCGUUAUCUGAGUGUUUUUUAAUGCACUCUGAACAAGAAAUGAACUUAUCGAAGGGGCCAUUGGUGAACAGCAGCAGUGACGAUAACUCCAAGUCAACCUACAGUAAAUGCGGCGCUGGCGCCUGGAGGAUGCACCAGAGCUACGAUCCACUGGAGGCCAACCACAUGAGAGACGCACAUGCCCUCUACAACCCCAGGCUUCUCUGCAGAAUGUCCAGUAAGGAGCGCCACCUUGAGUCCAACUGUCCGUCCUCCUAUAUAAAGACUGAGCCGUCUAGUCCAGCCUCCCUGACUGACAGCCUAAACCAUCACUCCCCUGGUGGCUCCAGUGACGCCUCCGGCUCCUAUUCGUCCACGAUGAACGGCCACCCCAACGGCCUAGAGUCCCCUAGCCUUUACGGCUCCAACGCAGGACCCCUGGGUCCUGCUGGAGGCCCCGGAUCAAAACGUUACGAGGACUGUUCGUCAACUAUUGGGGAAGAUUCACAGAUUAAGUGCGAGUACAUGUUGAAUUCAAUGCCCAAGAGGCUGUGUCUGGUGUGUGGGGACAUUGCGUCAGGGUACCACUAUGGAGUGGCAUCCUGUGAGGCCUGCAAGGCCUUCUUCAAACGCACCAUCCAAGGUUUACAUACAGGCAACAUAGAGUACAGCUGUCCAGCCACCAACGAGUGUGAGAUCACCAAGAGGAGACGCAAGUCGUGCCAGGCCUGCCGCUUCAUGAAGUGUCUGACUGUGGGCAUGCUGAGGGAGGGUAAGGGAAAAGGUGUUCGUCUCGACAGGGUUCGUGGUGGGAGACAGAAGUAUAAACGCCGGAUAGAUGCCGACAACAGUCCAUACCUGAACCCACAGCUGGCUCUGCCCCCCAAGAAGCCAUUUGCCUUUGGCUGCCUUGCAGAUAACAAAAUCGUCUCUCACCUGCUGGUGGCCGAGCCAGAGAAGAUUUACGCCAUGCCUGACCCAACAGUACCAGACAGCGACAUCAAGGCCCUGACUACGCUGUGUGACCUGGCGGACAGAGAACUAGUGGUCAACAUCGGCUGGGCCAAACAUAUCCCAGGUUUCUCUACGCUGUCUUUGGCAGACCAGAUGAGUCUACUGCAGAGUGCAUGGAUGGAGAUCUUGAUCCUACGUGUUGUGUACCGCUCACUGUCCUUUGAAGACAAGUUGGUGUAUGCCGAGGACUACAUAAUGGACGAGGACCAGUCAAAGCUUGCUGGACUUCUGGACCUGAACAAUGCCAUCCUUCAGCUGGUCAAGAAAUACAAGACUAUGAAGCUUGAGAAAGAGGAAUUUGUCGCUCUCAAGGCCAUCGCUUUGGCUAACUCAGACUCCAUGCACAUUGAAGACGUGGAUGCGGUGCAAAAGCUCCAGGAUGUGCUCCACGAGGCCCUGCAGGACUAUGAGGCUGCCCAGCACCAGGAGGAUCCCCGCCGGGCAGGCAAGCUGCUCAUGACCCUCCCCUUGCUCCGCCAGACCUCCACCAAGGCUGUGCAACACUUCUACAGCAUCAAGCAGGACGGCAAAGUCCCAAUGCACAAACUCUUCUUGGAGCUGCUGGAAGCCAAGGUCUGAGGACGGAGAAAAGGACAGCUAGAUGCCAGUCUGAAUCUCACUAUGAAUGACCUCUUGCUCUUUUACACGCACAGUCUCACACACACACGCACACACACACACACACACACACACACACACACACACACACACACACACACAUAAUUAUGUCCCUGAAGUGUGUCUGCUGACACACACCCGUAUGAAUCAACAAGUAACCUAAACCUCUUACCUGAACCCCAUAACCUCCACCGUCUAUGACAACAAGGCACUCACUUGACCUUUUGUUUUUUGGGGAAGAUCCUGACAGACUGGCAUGACCCGCAUAUUACCAAGGGAAGAAGAUAUUUCCUUUAAAAACUAUUAACAAUCACUCAACCGUUACCACAGUGGCUCCGAACACUGAAGAUGGCGAAACACUUAUGCAUUUAAUAACAGUUAAGAUGUUAUUAAAGAAAAACGCGUAAAUGAGGACACAUUUAAAAGAAACUGAAAACUCUUCAUUUUAGCUCUGAGAGACUGUAAGACUGCACUCGUGUCUCCUUCUCCCCUCAUUAUUUCCCCCGACAGAGUUUUUUAAGUGUUCAAUAAUAAAACGCGUGGAGAGAAAAAGGAACACUAAAGAUGUAUUAAUGACAUGUACAAUGAAAUUUUGAUGGAUGGACAGAAAGAAAGAAGAGGAGAUUCGCCCUGCCAAAGAAUGGAGCUCGUCCAUUCAGAGGACACCAGUAAACUGACAUAACCCAAAACCCUUUCUGGAUUGAUCUACCGGUGGCUUUCAAUGCUGGGCCUCAACAGUGCUGCUGGUUUUCUUUUCCAUCAGUUAUUUAAUUAAUAAUCUUUUUGGUUAUUAUGAAAACCAGCAGGGCCUGGAACAGAGUUGGAAACCAUUGCUGUAAACACUUUCUGUUUCUCCCUAAAUUCAGUUUGUUUCCCACGACUACUUCAACUGAAACUUUACUUUUUACUUGAUGUAUCCGUUGAGGACCAGUGACCCUGGCCUCCCAAACCUGUCAGCAUAACCAUAGAAUUAGUGUUUGAACACUUGACGUGGCUGAAAUGAAUGUUUCCAAAUAUUCCAACCACCUGAGGUGUGAUUGACUGGCAGAGUUUAUAAGUCAAAAUAUUACUUGAACGAAAUAAAACUUGACCUAUACUGUCAAGGAUGAAUUCCUGCUUGUCCAACUGGUAGAUGAAGGCUCAGUCCACGUUCUCUGCAUUUAUUCUGUCAAACACUCCUCUUGUGUUUGGACGUCUGAUUGAAACCUUUUCAGCCGUUCAGUGGCCCAGGUUUGUAGCUCUCCACACAACAGUCAGUAGAGAUCUCCGUCUGUCAGUGUGGCAUUAAGAAUAGUCCAGCCCGUGCUCGUUACCCAAACUCCCCAAAACUGCAAAUCGUCACUUCAGUACUACCCUCCUUGCUCCGUCGCAUUCACAACUUCUAGCCCAUCUCUUGCGUCAGCACAGAGAUAUUUUUGUGAUUCAUUCAGGGAGUGAUGGAGGCGCUUCAGUCACUCAACGCAAUAUAAACCAGAAGGAAAGGUGUGCUGACAAAACUGAGUGAAGAACAAUUAUUUUUGCUUCCAAACUCCUUAUUUUCUUCUUUAUUUCUAUCUUGAAAAUAAUGUCAGCAAUGAUACCAGUAUUAGGGUUGUAAAUAACUGUCAUCCUGUAUAUGACAUAUAACAUGGUUUUUUUUUUUGUUAUUAAUAUUGUCUUCUUAAAAUUGAAUCAAUCAAUAGGUCUUUGCUUUUUUCUAUCAGCUUGACCACUAUCAGCAAUUAUCAUAUAUAUAUAAAUAUAGCAAGUAAUGUAUUAACAAAUCAGCGUUUAUCUUAGAAAACUCUGAGCAAUAGUGGAUUUUAAAGGAGGGGUUUGUGCAUAAGUCUGCAAUAUUAACAUAACGUGCCAGUCUUAAUUUUGGGAAAGAGGAUGGGGAUUCGAGGACAGUUUGGAGCUUCUCUUUCUCUCUGUGUAACUUGCCAUAAGCUAUUAGAUAACAGUCAAUAUUUCCGUUGUUAGAGGUUAAACAGGAACAAAUAUGGACCAGAAAUGUGAGGAUAAGGUGUGAAUGCGGCUGUCACAUAAAAGCUAUGUGAAGAAUGGUUGUCAUAAGGGCCGAAGAAGGAACACAAGCAGCUAAAAGAUCAAAACUCCAGUUUGCAAUUAUAUCUUAGUUCUGAUGUUUGCACCUUUCUUGUGACCAGGCUUUUUCUGUCACUAUUAAUCUGAUCAAAACAAGACCAAGUCCUUUGUUUAAAAUCAGCGCUUCAGUCAUACACAGUUUAUGUCCUUAAGGCGUUUGUGUCUUCAGCCAUGUGGUCGAGUGUGGGACCAUCAGAAUAACCUAAAUCUGGAACUGUGCUAAGGGAAAUGGUGCUAGCAAAAUCAAAUCAUCCGAAA